AUGAGAUGAUGUCGUCCCUCAGGUUGGCUUUUUAAACGAGCGAGAAGUUGAAUCAGCGGCAGAGCACACCGGCGGAGAACUGGAGAGAGGAUUUCCCAGAGACAAAAGUAGACACAGGCAGUCCAGCAAGAGGUGUCCCAGCGUGGCCCUUGGACAAAGGGGGAAAGGCACUCAAGCACGGCGCGUGGAGAGCCUACUUGUCCGCCUUCAACCUGCGAGGCUGUAGCUGUCCGGCUCGGAGCUGACCCCGGAGGAAGGCGCCGUCCCGCUGUGUUUUCAUUUGUUUACUCAUCCAAGGGUAUGUUUUAAGUGCGAGCACCUCGCCGGAGGCAGAAUGAGCCGCUUGUUCAUUGACAGCGCAGUCUGCAGGCUGAAAAGAUAGGAAAAGCCACGCAAAGCUGAAAACCCAAACCUCCGUUCGUUCAGACCUCUAAAAGUGGUGUCCUCGUCACAUGCACACAGCCAUGAAAUUCAACCAGUGCGUGCUGCAGGUUCUCCCCGCGAGCAACAGUGACAACACAACGUGGCAAUGGCACAUUCAGGAUCCAGCCAGCCAGAGACUGACAUGGAACAAACCUCCCAAAAGUGUCCUUGUCAUCAAGAAGAUCCAAGAUGCCAGUCUGCUUCAGCCUUUCAAGGAGCUCUGCAUGUUCCUCACCGAGGUGAAGAACAUGAUCGUUUACGUGGAGAGGAAAGUCCUGGAGGACCCAGCCAUCACCAGUGAUGACAACUUUGGGGCCAUCAUUAAGAAAUUUUGUACUUUCAGUGAGGACCUUGAUGACAUUUCCAACUGUGUCGACUUCAUCAUUUGUCUGGGUGGAGAUGGAACGCUGUUGUACGCAUCCUCACUCUUCCAGGAGAGCGUGCCGCCUGUUAUGGCCUUCCACUUGGGCUCCCUUGGCUUCCUCACGCCUUUCAACUUUGACACCUACCAGUCUCAGGUCACGCAGAUUAUUGAGGGUAACACCGCCAUUGUCCUGCGCAGUCGCCUGAGGGUGCACGUGUUGAAAGAGAGCAGGGAGAAGAAGGCCAGGGUGGAUGAGAAGGGCGUCAUCAUGACCAACGGAGACAGCGAGGGCACCCGCAGAGCCAUGCAGUACCAGGUGCUGAACGAGGUGGUGGUGGACAGGGGGCCUUCGUCCUACCUCUCCAAUGUUGACCUCUUCCUGGACGGACACCUCAUCACUACUGUGCAGGGAGAUGGUCUUAUAGUAUCCACACCUACGGGCAGCACGGCAUAUGCAGUGGCAGCAGGAGCUUCCAUGAUCCACCCCAAUGUGCCAGCCAUCAUGAUCACACCCAUCUGCCCCCACUCCCUCUCCUUCAGACCCAUUGUUGUGCCUGCUGGGGUGGAACUCAAGAUAAUGCUGUCUCGUGAUGCCAGAAACACUGCUUGGGUUUCAUUCGAUGGAAGAAAGAGACAAGAGAUCUGCCACGGAGACAGUAUCACCAUCACUACUUCCUGCUUCCCUGUACCCUCCAUCUGUUUCCGGGACCCGGUUAAUGACUGGUUCGAGAGCCUAGCCCAAUGUUUACACUGGAACGUGAGGAAAAAGCAGAACUACCUCAGCUCAGAAGAGGACGAAUUCUGAAGCCAGCCCUCCUUGAGCUCCCCAUCGCUUCAGAGUUUGGAUUUUGUGGACAAUUGGUAUACAACUUCUAUCAGGAAGUUAAGCUUAUUAUUAGCCCAGGAUCAUCCCAAAGUGCAUAGCUUUUCUAUAUUUAAGACAUUGAUUAAAUUGAAAAGAGGGCUAUAAAAAAGAAAACUUGCCCUCUUAAGCUAAAAGCUAUUUAGGAUGAUCUUGGGUUCUUGGCAGUUAAUGUAAUUCUCCAAGGUGUCUGUCAUCGGUUGUUUUCUAGCACUUUCUAAUCAUUUAUAUGUGGAGUGCAAUGGCUGUCGGUUACAACCAUGGGCAGUGUUUGAAACAAAAAAAAAAAUGUCCAGAGGCCAGUUGUUGGUGAAGGAUCAGGAGUCGCAUAUUUCUAGAACAUUUUAAAAUAUGAUGCACACACUUUAGGUUCUCCUAUCAUGUUUAUCAAGACCAACAUUAUCAAGUCAGGAACAGAGGAACCUUACGUAUCAAUAUUAAUGAAUUCCAUGGUUUCUUAAUACCAUUCCUUCCACAUAAUUGCAUAUUCAGGAAAUGAAAGAGGAAGUACACAUAAUUUAAUAAUAAUGUUGCCCAAAUGUAUGGACUGUGCCUUAAACACUGGUACAUUGUAGGAAAUAUUCUUUAAGGUUUACAUGGUUAUCCUUUUCUUAAUAAUGUUUUUGUGCAGAUUUACCACAACCGCAUCUUCCGUUUUUGAGUGGAAAAUACGUAGCGCGUUACAUAGUGAUUUUUUUCAGUAUAUGUGGUAAAGGAAGUAGUGACCUUUCAAGAAAUGUUAGGGAAAAUCAUUUCCAUUCCAGACUUUGAGAUGGCAAACCGUCAUCUUCAUCAUGGUUUAGGCCUUUAUUGUGUUAAAGCCAUAGUUAAAUCGCUUUUAGCUUGCAGACAAACACUUGUGGGGGAUUUGUAGGAUGUAAUUGUGUAAAUUGGAGGAGUCUGUCUUAUGGGCUGUUCGAAACCAUUACGGAUGUCUACAUACCUGACUGUUAUAUCAGCGUGCUGUUGUCAAGCAGUCUUUGCAAAACACACGCUUAAGGCGACUUGCCUUAACUUUUUUUUUUCUAAACUGAUUUCUCAAUGUUUGUAACGUAAUGAAUCGGCCAGCCAAAUAGUCACUUGUUCGAAACAGAAAUUUUGACGAUGGUCAACUAAUGUAAGUACUUAAGAGUGACCAAUAGACUGCGAUACUAAAAUACUCAAUCAUUCCUUUGACUUCUAACAUGUAUGUAAAGCUUGAAAGAGAUGUAUUUUGUAUAGCCUUUGUUUAUUAACCAGUUUACAUGUUCCAUUGUCGAGAUUAAAUCUAUUUGGUACUUUUUAUAUUAAUACAAUUUUAUCAACUUUCCAAAAGUUACUUUUAUCAAGGAUGUAAAAAUUGUCUAGUUGGGACAUCAUGUCUUCAAAAUAAACUGGUUUAAUGGUUGGCCCUAAAGUAGGUCUCAUGUAACCAGAUUGUUAUUUUGGCCCAAAGCUUAUUCAAAAUGCAUUGGGAGAAAACUGACAGCCUUAUUUGUAGCUGAAAUGCUUUUAACCAUGGACAAAGAACUGGCAAGUGUGCAGUUUUCUUGUUGAAUGCAUUUUAACGUGGUGUUACAUGGUAAAUGUACUACUAAGGCUAGAUGUAUGAGGUCCAGGCAAACGAAACACUACGGCAACAGGGGCCAGGUCUGAGAGGAAGGCGUUGUCCUCAGCACCGGUCUUAACAGGUUUAUUUACUCAUUUAGUAGAAAGCAUCUUAAAAGACUAAGAAAUGUGUACUUUUUUCAUAUGAAACUAGGGCCUGGUGUCAAGUACUCUACUGAAAUACUAAAUA